AUGAAGUCACCUCCCACCCUGUCGCCUCCCACUCUGUCACCUCCCACCCUGCCACCUCCCACCCUGCCACCUCCCACCCUGUCACCUCCCACCCUGUCACCUCCCACCCUGCUACCUCCCACCCUGUCACCUCCCACCCUGUCACCUCCCACCCUGCCACCUCCCACCCUGCCACCUCCCACCCUGUCACCUCCCACCCUGCCACCUCCCACCCUGCCAUCUCCCACCCUGUCACCUCCCACCCUGCCACCACCCCACCCAGUCACCCUGUCACCUCCCACCCUGCCACCUCCCACCCUGUCACCUCCCACCCUGUCACCUCCCACCCUGUCACCUCCCACCCAGUCACCUCCCACCCUGCCACCUCCCACCCUGUCACCUCCCACCCUGUCACCUCCCACCCUGCCACCUCCCACCCUGCCACCUCCCCUGUCACCUCCCACCCUGUCACCUCCCACCCUGCCACCUCCCAUCCCUGUCACCUCCCACCCUGCCACCUCCCACCCUGUCACCUCCCCUGUCACCUCCCACCCUGUCACCUCCCUCCCUGUCACCUCCACCCUGUCACCUCCCACCCUGCCACCUCCCACUCUGUCCCACCCUGUCACCUCCCACCCUGUCACCUCCCACCCUGCCACCUCCCACUCUGUCACCUCCCUCCUGUCACCUCCCUUCUGUCACCUCCCACCCAGUCACCUCCCACCCUGCCACCUCCCACCCUGUCACCUCCCACCCUGUCACCUCCCCCCUGUCACCUCCCACCCUGCCACCUCCCACCCUGCCACCUCCCACCCUGUCACCUCCCAACCUGUCACCUCCCACCCUGUCACCUCCCACCCUGUCACCUCCCACCCUGCCACCUCCCACCCUGCCACCUCCCACCCUGUCACCUCCCAACCUGUCACCGCUAUCAGACCCUUGAGGAAAUGGUUGAUAGCUGAUUAUGUUUCUGUUGAAAGGGAGCACUUCUAG